CAUGGCUAUAAAAGAUGAUAUCAUGCUGAUUGUAUGUGGUCGAUUGUUGGAGAAAAGUGUUUUAUCAGUCUCACUGUUGCAAGUUAUCGGUGUAGCACAGACCUCACAGAUUCGACGCCGCAAAGAUGAUAGGUUUAGCCGUUUGUUUGCUGGUGAAUUUUGUGUCCGGUUUUACGGCAGAUGUUUCGCCCUGCCUUGGAGAUAACCCCUACGCGCGACAUCCAACCGAUUGCACCCGCUACCUUGUCUGCAGCGGGACAAAGGCGAUCGAACUGCGCUGCCCAUCGGACUCGGAAUGGGAUGCUGCCGAGUCUACCUGUCUUCCAUUCACGUCCGAGUCGAAGUGUGCUGUGUUGCAGUCAUUAGCACUGGAUGCACCUCCGAUAGUUAACAAGUGUCCACCACAGCUUUCCCGCUGUCCGGUGUAUGCCAAUCCGGCCAAGGAAGUGAUCUUUAUGCCGCACAGUGAUUGUAAGAAGUUUUACGCUUGCGUUUCGGCCGUUCCGGUUGAGCUGAGCUGCCCGACCAGGUUGUACUGGAACCAUGAGUCAUGCCAGUGCGACUACGCACAUUCGGCUGGUACGGAUUGCUUUUUUGCCGGAGGUCCACCGCCAACGGUACGAGCCGCAUACAGACGGAUGCGUCGGUCGGAUGAGGAAGCGACGACAACGGCACCGGAAAUGUCCGGAGCAACUAUUCGUGGCGUUUCCUCCGUGCUGGUCUUGAUAGUAACAGUGGUGUUAAAUCCACAAACAAACAAAGAAACGCCCACUCUCAAAAUGCCUCGCUGUUUGAUGGCGAAAAAAUGGAAAGCCUACCCGUGGCCGGACCGGGCAGAGGAGCAACCGACCGGCGAGCAGGAGCAGCUGGACACGGUCCCAACUGCGGGCAGCUCUCAUACGACGACAGCAUCUUCACCCGCGACGGUGGACCGAAGCAGUAGCAGCAGCAGCAGUAGUAGUAGUGGAAGUGGUGCCGGUAGCAGCAGUAGUAGCAAUAACAGUAGUGAUGCCAGCAGCACAUCCAGCUCUCCUUCCACGAUUGAGUGCGGUCAACCGCCGGCAGCGAGUGAAAUCGUCGAGGAGGACGAAGAGAUCGACGUGGUGGGCGAUUCGCCGGCGGCAGCGACGGCCACGGCAGCCAGCAGCAAGUCCACCGGCAGCACCGUGGCCACCUGUUGGGGUCCCUCCUCACCGACGGCCGGUGCAACGGCACCGAGCCCGCCGCCCCACUCGCCGGAAGCGGCAACGCGCGAGUCGACCAUCCUGUACAACGGUUACGGUCAGGACAUUACGCAUCACUUUACCGCCUACCUGCCAAAGCUGGACCCGGAGUCUUCAAGCUACCAACAGCAGCAACAGCAGCAACAACAACAACAGCAGUCCUCUUCACAGCAACAGUUCGUUGCACUCGCACCUGUCCAACACUGUGCAACACCUGCAACCGCCUCCUCCGCCUCACCGCCAGCUGCGCCCAGUGCCGGCACGGACAGUCCACAGCGUUCUCCCGCGCAGAAGAAGUCCCUCGCGAUGUGCUUCACCAGCACCGGGACUGCCCUCUCGCUCCCGCCCAAGAAGAAGGACAUCUACCGGCCGUACUCGCUGGACGACAGGCCGCCCCGACCGAGCUACGAGCUGCGCAUCCCGGCCGAGGAGGACCUGCACGCGGCCCACGCCAUCCUGGACCUGAGCGCGUCGACGGCAUUCCUACCGCCGCCGGCACCGCACCAACUGCUCGCCCAGCAGCAAUCGCCCUCGCCCUCGGUGCAGCAAUCCACCCCGGCCCCGGUGGUGCUAGUAGUGCCGCCGAAACCCGCCAUCGCCGAGCCCGACCGGCGGCCGCUUCAAGCACAUCCUCAGCAGCAGCAGCAACAGCUUCAUCAGACGGCUUCACCCUCGCCCCUACCGCUGCAGUCACCGCCCGCGACAACGGUACCGCACUCCCCCGGCUCGCCGGAGCAGAACGAGAACCGCAACAGCACCAACACGCUGCCCGGGUACGCGGCGCACGAUGCCACCAGCAUGGACUCGUCCUCGGACGAGCUGGGCCAGUCGGCCGAAUCGUCCGACUCGGAGGGCCGGAACGGGUCGAAAACGGUCGCCUACACGUACGAGGCGUUCUUCGUGAGCGAUGGCCGGUCGAAGAAGAAGAUGGCCGACCCGAAGACGGCCCUGGAGAACAAGGCCAAGUACACGUGCACCGAGUGCGGCAAGCAGUACGCCACCUCGAGCAAUCUGUCGCGCCACAAGCAAACGCACCGCAGCCUGGACUCGCAGUCGGCCAAGAAGUGCCACACGUGCGGCAAGGCGUACGUCUCCAUGCCCGCGCUGGCCAUGCACGUGCUCACGCACAAGCUGUCGCACAGCUGCGGGGUGUGUGGGAAGCUUUUCUCCCGGCCCUGGCUGCUCCAGGGCCAUCUGCGGUCGCACACGGGCGAGAAGCCGUACGGAUGCGCACACUGCGGCAAAGCGUUUGCCGACCGGUCGAACCUGCGCGCCCACAUGCAGACGCACUCGAUCGACAAGAACUACCAGUGCGGUCGGUGUCACAAAACGUUCGCGCUUAAGUCGUACCUCAACAAGCAUCUGGAGUCGGCCUGCUUCAAGGAGGACGGUGCGCCACAGUCGCCCCUGAUGUCGCCGAUGUCACCCGGCUCGCUCGACGGUUCCUCGCUGGACGAUUUGCGCUCGACGCCGCUGUCCGAGCGGCGCCAGCCGGUUGCGCUGAAGCGCGAACGGAACGUCGAUAUCGAGGGCGACGAGUCGGACGAUGCCAUGGCGUGUCCGUCGCCCCUGUCACCGGUACCUCACCAUCUUACCAUCAGCCCGGGCGCCCCGAACGGUACGGGCAGCAUCUUUGUGAUGAAAAACCUCCAGUCCGCCGGCCGGCUGGUCGGUACUGCAUCGCCGGGCUCGGGGACGGCAGCGGCGGCGGCAGCGGCAGCAGCGGCAGCAGCCGCCGCCGUGCUCGGUCCGGGCGCCAUCCUAACGACGACGACAGCGCAUCAGCCCCAUCACCACAGCCCGCACCAGCAGCACCAUCCGCACCUCCAACUACAUCAGCACCAGCAUCCGGCGGCGGCGGCGGCGGCGGCGGCUGCUGCGGCUGCCGCGGCGGCCGCUGCAGCCGUGCAGAUAAACGUCAACUUUGCCGGGUAACCGGCGCAGCAAGCGACGGUAUGAAGCGGGAUCGCCGCGCGGCAACAAUAACUCGUUUUUGCACUGCUGAAUUGCAUACAUCUAGGCGCAUUGCGGGCGCGCGGUUCGUAAGUAGUCACUUAAGCAUUUGAUUGUGUUUUUCUUUCCCUCAAACUAAACUUCUCAUCAAGCGUUAUUACUUGCAAGCGGGCUCACAGUUACGCAAGUCUGCUUUAGAGCGAAGAUGGGGAACGGGGCUGUGUAGGAACAAACUGUGGAGCAACUAGAAACACCGCUAUACAUAAACAAACAUACACAGACACAGAGAGAGAGAGAAAGAGAAACACUAUUCCAACUGUAGCAAAAGGAGAUAGCGAUCGCAAAACAAUAGAUCAUUCUGUGCCCCUCCCCGCUCUCGAACAGCAUACAACAACAGCUACACGGUGUUGUCUAGUUCCCCCCUCCCCAUCACUCCCCUUUUACCUAGUCAUUACCAUUAGUCAUGCAUAUAGCAAACGUUUUAAAUGAACCUCUUACUCUCUUUAAAAAAAACAAAGCAAACCAAACUCCCGAAAACAAAGCGCCGUAGAAAGAAAAAUUGCAAAAGAUUGGAUUACGGAAGCAGGCUGACGCUGGAUUCGAUACCUAAUGAAACCUUUAUAUACACAAAGUAUAUAUAUAUAUACAUAUACAUAUAUUAUAUUUACACCCUUAUACAUCUAACAAAACGAAAAAAAGGAAAAAGACGGUAAGGAAACAAAGUAAACAGAAAACAGAGGUCCCCAAAUGUCCUUAACUCCCACUUAACACCUCCUCCACCAGUAGGAAACAGACUUGCAUAGUGUCCCGCGCCGCGUAGACCGUAACAAUUCAGGGUUUGAGCGAAAGCCGUAGACAGUUGUAGAACAGUUAUAGCGUGCUGGAGAGGUGAGAUAGGCGCGUGAGCACACAACUAAAUAGAAAAUACUGGAACCCGGUGCUCGGCGUGUGUGUAUAGUAAGAAGAGAAGAAUAUCUAAAGCAAUGCCACCAGCGACGAACCUGUCGGAGCUGCGUAUGCGUCCUGUGCAAUUCGAUUCAAUUAACUUACUACUACGAUUCAAUUAAUUUUGGCGGGCCCUAAACUAGAUCUGCGUGAUGCGGUGGCAGACACUCACAGUCAGAUUAAUUACCGCAUUAAAGUGGAAAAGAUCAAGCAAGUGUUCGGUCCAGCCCGCGCACGCAGAUCGGUAUGAUGUGCUCUUAUGUAUCCUCUCUAGCUCUAUUGCAUUUAACGCGUAGUGAAAAAACAAACACCCCAAACACACACACACACUUUCACACUCAUACACACAACACACAAGCAACUAGUAAGAAGCGAGUCAGCAAUUACUUUCUACAUAAGCUAAACUUUAGAAAUUCCUAUCCUAAAACAAGAAGAACACACACAAAUGCAGCAACGUUAAAAGUAUAUUAAGGAAACGCUACAGCUGCAUCAAAGUGCUGACAAGAUGGCGGGAGUAAAAAUGCUACCGCAAGUUGGAAACGAACAGCAAUGGCAGUAUGUGCAGUAACACUAACAGCAAUAAGAGAGUUUUAUAACAGGGAAAUGAAAAGCAAGGCAAAGCAAAAUGGAGAAGAUGGGUAACAAAACCUUAAAAACCAUCUAUUAACAUAUUUUCGACAAUGGCGAAAAGCAGCUCCAAUCCUCUUUAUUUAUAUAAUUUAACGUUCAUGCGUCACUUUACCAUUUCCCUACAGGUUUAUGUUUCCCCGCACGGCAAAAGCCCGCUGACUCAUUAUCAGCAAGCAGAGGGUGACGAUAUGGGAGGGAGGAAGCAAAUGGCUUGAUUUGAGCUCGCACGGCUCGCAUCAUAAAUCUUGCACUAAUCUAAUCGUCACCUUCAGUCCGGGGCGUGAAGAAAACAUAUAUUUUUCACCCUUCACCUGGGAACCUGGGUAUUUUUUUUACCGGGGGCAGCGAGCGAGUGUCCUAGUCACGCCACGCCAUGUGAGGUGUGUACACUUACGUGUGCUACGUGGAGGUGGGAAGAAUGGGGUGGCAAAUGGAUCAUUAGUGACCGAACGCCAGCCGACGGCCACCCACGGCUAUAACCAGCGACAAAAAUAGCGGGGUAAGGUGUUCUACCUAGGACACAACUGAACGCUUGACGCUUUUGCUGGAGUGGAUGUUCGCGUCAAAACGGGUUGGGAAAUUCGCUUUAUUUUAAAGUCACUCAAUUAAUCAAAGUCACCGUGCUGAUGGUUCCCUUUUUAUUUCUCUUUUUACACGGCACUCAAAAAAUGUAACAUAAAGAGCAAUUAAAUAUGAAGCAACACGAAGCAAUUGAACGAUCAUCAUCAUCAUCAUGGCAUGUAUAAGUAAACUUGUUAAGUAAAAGUUUUAAACGUCACCAAUACGUCCAUUAAGGAAAGGAAACGUGAACAGAGAAGCAAAAGGAGAAAAGCGGAAAGUCCAACAAAACAAGCUAUCGUUUCUAAACCAAUUUCAAACAUUUUGGUUCAAAUACAAACAAAAUCAAAUUAAAUAAAAAAAAGAAAAACAUAUAACAAAAUUAACUCAAGUCAACUUAGUUUAAAAAAAAAGCAGUAAACCGUAGAACGAUAUGCUGCAGCAAAUCAGAUUUGCGAUUCAUAGCCUCAAACAGAGAAACAACCAAACAAGAACAAUGGAAAUGAAAACUUUCAACAACAAGAGAGAGAGAGGAACCGUUUUCUUUCCUUAACUAUGUUAAAAGCACCUUAGAAUGAUAAAAAACACGUUUAAAGCAAUGCUUAGAGUAAAUGAGAACGGAAGCGCAGGAGAGCGAAGAGCGAAAAGUGAAUCACUAAAGCAAUAAUGAAAACUUUCGAUCUAAACUAUUAACGCUUGGCAAUAACAAAUAAUAAACCGUGAACAAGAGUGUGUGGAGUGUAUGGGUUAAAGUGUGUAAAUGAGCGGAAACGAUAAGGCCAUACUGUUAACAGUGUUUUAGUUUGUACCUUUUUGGGCAGCUGUUUUGGGGGGUAGAGGGCGCAAACAUCAGGAACAAAUGCAAAAGAGUUUUAAGCAAGUUGGCAAGCUAGGCAAAGCACUGUGUAAAGAUCUCGUAGUUUUGUAAGCAUUGUAGAGAAUUACUUUUUCAUCGAUAAGCUCCUAGACACUAGCAAUGUACUUAACAACACGCAAAAUGAAAAUCUAGUCUUCAUCUAGUCCGUAACUGGUUUGGUUCGUAGGUUUACUUUCCCGCUGACGGAGGCAGCAGUUCUGCCCCUCGGCUACCCUUUCUACCGCUACUGCGUAAGAAGUUCGUCUGAAUCUCGU